AUGGAUGGCGAGUGGAUGACCGAGAGUGCCUUCGGUCAGCAAAGCACUCUCGAAGAGGUACACCAAGGAAGAUCCGCGCCUCUCACUCUCGACGACAGCUACAUGUCGCGCCCCUUACCAUCAACUCCGGAGGAUAUCCAGAAAGAACUAGACCGAUUCAGCCAGCUUCCGAGUGCGGCUGAGCCAGACCUCACCCCGAUGGAGGAGAUGGGGCUUCAGACAUGGAACAUGCGCUUGAUGUCUCAGCAUGUGCAGCCAUUCUCGUUCGACGAAACACUCAAACUCGACUCAUCCUCAAGCCGUUACAACGACGUCUCGUCCGACUCAUUCAACUUCAAUGACUUUGAGUCUGGUUUCAACAUUCCCGCCGGCGCGUCUGAAAGCAGUAUCACCAAUCUCCAGCAGCUACACAGCGGUGACGACUGGCCAGCUUCCCGGAACGACUACUUCGACCAAGCCAUCUUCCCAGGCUUUCCUACCAUCGAUCGGUUCAUGGCAAAUACGAACAUUCUGCAUCACACCGCCGAGAACGAGCAUGACAGUACUCAACCCUCAGGCAGCACACAGCCGACAACAAGCAGUACUCCAGAUACCGUCGACCUUGCCCGGCCCGCACUAUCUUCCACUCCGACUGGCAGCGCUGCUGCGAUGCGCGUGUUCCGCAAAGUUGUCGACAGCGGCUGGACCCUCGGCAGUCCGGCAACUACACUUCAAGAGGCAAUACAGGAGGCAGUCGUGCCACUCCAAACCAGCGGUGAUUUCCCUGGUACGGACUGGAGUGACCGAAAGAGCGGGCUGGUUCUGUCGACCAACGAGGAGGAUUCGAAGCAGUUUCUGCACGCUGCUGGUUUGAAGUACAACCGCGACAACCACCGCAUCAAGCCAUUGGUGUCUUACGGUCUCUUGGUCUACUAUUAUCGCCCGCCGUUCGAAGAAGACUACGUCGAGCUGUACACUAGGCACAAGAAAGCACCGACUCACUGCUUUGGGCUCGAGCUGUGGCCGCCAAGCGAGGACAUCGAUACUUCGGAUAACGUGCAGCAGUUGGAAGGCGGUAGCGAAGAGGACGGCUUUGCCAAUGCCUACACAGACACUACCGCAACUGGACCAUUCGCAACAUCCUCAGUACCAUCAGGAACAAUUACCUCAGACCAGGUCACCGGCGAGAUCGCCUUUGCCCUCGCAAAGGGUUACACCAACAUCGCAUGCGCCAAGCUUAUAGGCAUUGCUCGAGACACUUUCUACAACGGACGCAUCUUGAAGUACAUGCAGGCACUCGCGAGGAGCGGUGACAAAUCACUCAGCAAGAUCAUGGAGGAGUUCGAUGAGGCUCGUCGAGGCAACAGGAUCCGGACUGGUCAGAGAUAA